AUGAAGAAAGGAAUUUCAAAUGAUGAAUUACCAAUAGCUCGCGUGGAAGGUCAUACAAGGUCACGUCUUCUAAAACGUUCUACAACGGAAGGCUCACAGGAAGAUGAUUCAGAUUUGAUAAGAGUACCAAAACAAGAAAAUACAAUUGGUCAACAAACGCGUAAUCAAGGAAUUUCCGCUAAACAUAUCAUUGAUAAGAAUCAAUCAAAAAUAUCAAAACUAAUGAAAAAUCGUUCGGAAACCGGAAUGAAUACCAAAUGUAAUAGCAAAGAAUUAAAAGAACUUAUGCUAAAGAGUAUUAGUGAUAAUUCAUCAGCAUCAAAACGUUCAAUUAAUGAUCGAGCAGAAGAGAAAUUUGGUGGUAGUAUUGAUGUAAUUUGUUCAAAGGGUCAUUUCUCAUAUGUGUACAGUUCUAAUUUAUAUUGUGAAGCUAUGAAAGGUAAUGUAACAUGUAUUGCAUUUCGACAAACACGUUAA